CGCUGAACUACAUUUCCCUGGAGGCGCCGCGGCCACGCCUAGCAACUUCCGGUUGAAAAGAUGGCGGCUUCCUAGGGCCUUGGAGGUUUUCUUGAGAGAAAGCUACAGUGUGGGGCCCGCAGCGCCCGGACCCGCGCCUUGGCGUUGUGCAGACGCCCUUGGGCAGCCUAGUGCCCGCGGGAAAACUCAGAGCCCCCUUCUCCUUCACCCAGACGGUGCCGGUGUCAGCCACACGGGUACCAUGGAAGUGGCCGAGCCCGGAAGCCCCACUGAGGAAGAGGAGGAGGAAGAGGAGGAGGAAGAGGAGGAGGAGCCAUCUGCUGAGCCUCGGCCCCGAACACGGUCCAAUCCAGAGGGUGCUGAGGACCGGGCACUGGGGGCACAGGCCAGUGUGGGCAGCCGAAGUGAAGGGGAGGGGGAGGCAGCCAGUGUGGAUGAUGGGACCCCCAACCCUCCAGGAGCUGGCCCCAAGCCCUGGCAGGUGCCGCCAACGGCUCUUGAGGUCCAGAUUCGAACACCGAGGGUCAACUGUCCAGAGAAGGUGAUCAUCUGCCUGGAUCUGUCUGAGGAGAUGUCGCUGCCAAAGCUGGAGUCAUUCAAUGGCUCUAAAACCAAUGCCCUCAACGUCUCCCAGAAGAUGAUUGAGAUGUUUGUGAGGACGAAGCACAAGAUUGACAAGAGUCACGAGUUUGCGCUAGUGGUGGUGAAUGACGACACUGCUUGGCUGUCUGGCCUGACCUCUGACCCGCGUGAGCUGUGCAGCUGCCUGUAUGACCUGGAGACAGCCUCCUGCUCCACAUUCAACCUGGAAGGGCUCUUCAACCUCAUCCAGCAGAAGACAGAGCUGCCUGUGACGGAGAGUGUGCAGACCAUUCCACCGCCCUACGUGGUGCGCACCAUCUUGGUGUACAGCCGGCCACCACGCCCGCCGCAGCUGGCGCUGACAGAGCCUGUGAAGAAGAUGUUCCAGUGCCCCUAUUUCUUCUUUGAUGUUGUUUAUAUCCACAAUGGCACCGAGGAGAAGGAGGAGCAGCUGAGCUGGCAGGACAUGUUCGCCUUCAUGGGCAGCCUGGAUGCCAAGGGUACCAGCUACAAGUACGAGGUGCCCCUCACCGGGCCAGCGCUGGAGUUGCACAACUGCAUGGCCAAGCUGUUGGCCCACCCGCUGCAGCGUCCCUGCCAGAGCCACGCAUCCUAUAGCCUGCUGGAGGAAGACGAGGAGGUCGCCGAGGUCGAGGCCACGGUGUGAAGCUUUAGUGGGCCGCAGCGUCUGUGGUGGAUCCUGGAGUGCUGGUUCUCCAUCUGCGUUCUGUGGGGCCCCGAGCAGGUCCCGUUGUGCUCCAGGAGCUGAAGGCUCUUGCCAGGAAUCCUAGGCCUGAAGGGCCCCGGAGCACCUGGGUGCACACUCCACGUGUUCGCUGGCCCACACUAGUUUGUCAGUUGUCAUUUUUGUGGUGAUUUUUGGCAUCAAAAUAAAAUCUGACACACAUAAAAUGAA